UGUGUGUUGUUUAUUCGCACGGCACAAGUAGAAUUCCUAUAGCAAAACAACAAAGACAACUUGUAUUCGUAUAGCAGCUGUGAAUAGAGAAAAACGUCAACAAAAGACGAAAAUAAAAACGAAUUUGAUCAAAUCAGCUUGUGAUACGAACGGCUACAUUUGUGCAUUCGCGCUGUUUUAUUCGCAAUAAAUUGUAGAUGAAGUAUCAAAUUCAAAGAAAGUGAACAAGUUUGAAAACGGAGCAACAACAAUUCAAGGAUUAUUGAAGCUGUUAUUGAAAAUUGAAAAGUAAUUGAUUUGAUUGCGCCAUACAUUUAUUGCUAAGUAACCUGGGUUUGAUUAUAAUUACAUUUCACCAAUUAGCUGUGAAGUCGGUUUUGUUGUGGUGCCUGCGUAGUGUUCAAGCUGUGGAGCCACUCAGUUUCAGUGGAGGCUAGUGGAUCGUGGCUAUAUACUCAUUUAUAUGUACUUCUUUCUUUUGUGUACGCUUCGGGUGCAUACAUACUCGUAUAAGCUUACAAACAACGCCACAUGAAUUGGUAAUAUUUUGUUUACAAAUACGUCUAUUUUCCGAAAUACGCAAAAUACUGUCAACUGCAAACCAGAUUUUGAAAGUGUGCUUGAAAUUCGUUCCAGUGUGCAAAUAGGCAAAAUUACACAUUAACACCAACGAAAUUCCAAACCAAUAGCCAAACUAUAAAAAAAACGGCAUGAUAAAAAUAUAAAAUACAUACUGCUCUCAAAUACGUUCGACUGACAAGUUAAAACAUUAGCUGUUUAGUAAAUAUUGAAUGUGAUAACUAUAUCUUAGAAAUAUAGAAACCAAGCAAAAUACUACUACAUACAUAUAUUCUCAUAUAAAUAUAAGAAAUCGCCUAAUCCAGUCAAAAUGAAUAGCACUGGCAAUUUUUUCGACGAGCAGCUCGUCCAUAUUUACACACAUUUGGUGCAUAAUUAUGUGCCAGAUUUCCUACUCACAAUGAGCAAACAUUUUGUGUAUACGCCGUGGGUGUUCUCCUUGCUGGGCUCGGUGGUCAUCGGUCUAGCCGGUAUACUACCGUUGAUCAUAAUACCCACUGAUGAAAAGCUUAAGGAGGGCGGUUACAAAGAUCCUGGUGAAUCCAAAUUUCUCAAAGUACUGUUAAGCUUUGCGGUCGGCGGCUUAUUGGGUGACGUUUUCUUGCAUCUCUUACCCGAAGCUUGGGAAGGUGAAAAAAAUACUCCCUCUGAGCAUCCUUCCUUACGCUCUGGCCUUUGGGUGCUAUCGGGCAUACUUAUUUUCACCAUAGUUGAGAAGAUAUUCUCUGGUUACACCAAUGCCGAUGAAGAGAAUCCUCAACCAAAAUGUGUGGAAAUCGCUAAUUGUUUAUUGCGCAAAACGGGCGGAAAAAUUCCCGACGGUCAUAACAAUUCGGAAGGCUGUGUGGGAUCAUGUGACAUUGAAGAUGUACCCAAUGGCUGCUUCUUACGUGAACGAGAACAAAAACAAAAAGAACAGCCCAAGAAAGUAGCAGGCUAUUUAAAUUUAAUGGCCAAUUCCAUUGACAAUUUUACACACGGCUUGGCGGUUGCGGGCUCAUUUUUGGUUUCCUUCCGACACGGUGUAUUGGCAACAUUUGCAAUUUUGUUGCAUGAGAUACCCCACGAAGUUGGAGACUUUGCCAUACUUUUACGAUCUGGUUUUAGUCGAUGGGAUGCUGCACGUGCCCAGCUUUUAACCGCCGGUGCCGGUCUGAUGGGUGCGUUGGUUGCGAUUGGUGGUUCGGGCGUCACAUCGGCAAUGGAGGCGCGAACCUCCUGGAUUAUGCCUUUUACGGCUGGAGGAUUUUUACAUAUAGCAUUGGUGACAGUAUUACCAGAUCUCUUAAAAGAAGAAGAGAAAGCUGAGUCCUUGAAGCAGUUGCUUGCGUUGAUAUUUGGUAUUCUAAUAAUGGCUUUUAUGACCGCAUUUUUUGAGGCGUGAGGGCUGUAAAUGUUUAAAAACCCAAAACAUUUGCAAAAUUUGUUGUAGCACUUGUGUGUGUAUAAAAUAAAUAAGCCAAAAAUAAUGUAGCUGUACAAUCCCGUAAUACUAAUACCAAGCAAGGAGUACAAUAUAAACCACAUUUUAUUUGGCAUUAUCUGAAAUAAUUUUUAAAAAAUAGUAGAGAGCAAAUACACAACCAAGUGCAUAAUUUUAAAUUUAGUUGGAAUCUGAUUUGAAUUAUUGCAAGGACACACAAGCAAAAUCACUGUGUACCGAAAUGGUAUUAAAAGUUAUACAAAAAUUGUUAAUAUAUUUUUUUAUAUUUCGCCAAAUUCAUGAUUUUACUUACAUUAUUGUAUCUCUCAUUUUACAAAAACUAUUUUGGCGAUCAAAGUCGGCCAUAUGGAUUGCCUACAACAUUUAUUUGUGUAAAAUUGUUUUAACUUUCCUGAAUUUAAUAUAAAAUAAAUUUACUGUUUCAAAAUUUAUUAAGUAGCAAUUGUAAGAGAUAGUUGAAUUAAAUAUAACUGUAAUGCAAGUAGAUCGAUAUUCAGUUCAUUUGUGAUAUUGAUCCUUUUAAAAAUUCUUUAAGAAAAUGCCAUUAGUUAUAAACGACUAAAAGAUAUUAUGUGUGAAAGAUGACUUGAUUAUCAACCACUGUAAAUACAAACAUUCAUAAAUAUACUACUAUGAGAAAAUAAUA